ACACUCCUUAUCAGCAUCUACAGAUAAGAAAUACAAUUGUCAACACAUUCCACAACAAUAAUAUUUAUUUUGCACUUAUUUAUAAAUGUGUUUGCGUACGUUACGAUGCCUAGGAAGAUGUUUUUGUUUUCUAUGUCCUCCAUUGUACAGAUUAUUCUUCUCAGAUUGUAAUCAGAAAAGAAAUUUGAGAUGCACCAGUUUUAUAUGUGGAUUUUUAUUGGGCCAAGCAUAUUAUUACUAUUUGCUGAAGAGGAUACCUUUUCCUAAUAAUACAGGAUUUAAAUUAUCAUUAGUUAUAAGUUUAUUACUUGGUAUAGGUAACGCUAUAUCAAUACAAAUAAGAUGUAUAUGUCUGCUUAUAUUCCCGAUGUACUGCGGGAAGGCUGGACGAGGAGUUUUAAAAGCAGUCGUUUUGACUUAUGUAGUGGCUGGACCAAUCACAAACAUGGGUCUGAACGCAAGAGAAGUGGUGCGAGUAUUCGCGUGCAGCACACAGCUGUCUUUCAACCUGACUAAAGAGAGAUACAGCGUAAUGGCGGGACCUUUCAAGAAGACUGCGGUCAGUUUAGAACGUGAUAUGAACCAAAUGAAGGACGCAUUAAGAUCGUUCCGUGGGAUAGUAGCUCCGAUAGAGCAUGAAGUGUGCGAUUAUACUGAAGUUGAUACAUAUCGAGACCAGAGUAACAGCCUGGACACGUUGAUGAGAAAUGACAUGCGCUCCGAUAACAUCGAAGACAAAUAUCAUAAAAUACCGGUAAAGUCGAUGGGCGACUAUUACCAAAGCGCAUACGAAAAGAAGUUGGAGUACAGAUGUUACUACAAGCUGACGCAAGCGUCGGCUGUGUGCAUCGAGGCCUUUACCUUGGCGUAUGAAAACUGCUACUAUACUGCGCCGCCGUCGACGUCCUGGAUGCUAUGCUGGCCACUCCGGUUGCAGAAUAUCUGCAACUUUAUGCAGAUUUUCCACGAUAGUGACACCUGUAAUAGUAGGAAACAGAUUGGUGAUGGAGUAGGAGACGGUUUCGCGACGUUGGAAAACGCAAAACAGACACUAAGCGAGAAUAUGGAUGAUAUUCAUCUGAAAUAUAAAAUUAAGUUUCAUCGCAAAUUAUAUGAUUAUCAGGAUGCCAAGGAAACCGGCGAGCGUGUGCUCCACUCGUUCGAAGAGAAGCACAACAUCAUGGAAUUAGUGAUCAUCACGCUUAACGUGUUCAUGGCCCUACUGUUUCUACGCAUCGUGAUGGCAGCGGUCACGUACCACGACAUGUACCUGACCAGCAUCAACUUUGACAACAUUUAUAUCACCAGCUUCUUCAAGAAGUUAGAUAAGAAGAGGAAAAAGAAACAUGCUGUUACGCUGUUGCCGUUGAAGAAGAUGGAGCGCAACAAAUACAUAGACGUCCACUCGCUCUCGUACAUCACAUCACAGCACGGCAAGCUGGUGACGCAGAUCCUCAAGGUGAUGCUGGAGGUGGUCACGGCUACCACCUUCGUCAUGCUGGACAGACUGUUCUUCGAAGCCUUGGAUGUGGUCCGACAGCAUGCGCAGAGCGAUGUCGUGUCGCAAGGGACGCAGGAUUUGAAAAUUGAGGUGGAAGGCACAGGUUUCCUAGCAUCCCUCCUCCGCAGGCUUGUAUCAAACCUCUCCUCAGCUCCCGGGUACAAACGCGCGGUCUCCAACCGGCUGUGCAUACCACACCCUCGCGCCAUGCCCCCCAUAUACUUCCUCAAGAUAUACGGGGGAUAUGUCUGGAUAUUGCUGCUGUUGUAUGUCAAUCCUUACACGCUGAGGUUGCGAAGACUAAUCUGCAGUUAUUUUUAUCCUUGUCGUGAAAAACAGCGUGUAUUACAUCUUUACAACGACAUCCUCAAAAAACGUAUGAAAAUGGAAAAAACGUUGCGCAGGAAAGCAGUUCAAGCCGUGCGUGCUCAUUAUCUCUCUGGUGAAAACCUCCUCAGUUUGAGGAUGAAGUUUCCUUACAUGCUGGGUUGGUUGGAUGCCCUGCCCGCUGCCAGGAUGACCUGCCUCAUAUGUGGCGAGACGAAACCUAGGCCUGGACAGCGCUCAUCAGGUCGCUGGCACUGCUGCAGCGUGCCGAACUGUCCCUUCGUGUACUGCGCAGAGUGCUGGCAGGAGGCGGGCUCGCGCUGCCUCGCCUGCGACCCGAGCCUCAACGAGCUCAGCGAUGUGGACUCGCUCAGCGAUGACGACCAGCCAAGAUAUUAGUACCAAUAGAGAAGCUGCUAGAAAG